AUGUUAGCACGACAAGGUGCAUUACGAAUUUUUCAAGCAGAAUUUCAACGAUUAGCUGAUAUUGAUAUUGAUUUUUCUGAUAAUAUACCAAUUCAUUGUAUUGCUCAUCGUCCCAACGAACUUAUUAUGGCAGAAAAGACAGCUGCAAAUUUACUCAGUAAAUCUUUAGAACAAAUACCCAAAUAUUCAGGCAAACCUGAUCAAAAUGCUGAUGAAUGGCUUAAGGAACUUACAAGCACGUUU